CCAACAUAGGAGUGAUACUACGGCUGUGUGGCUUCGGUAUUUUUCGUGGAACGAUGGCUUCUAACUUCAACAACAUGAGUGGCGGUGGUGCCAAGGGUCCGUGCUACAGCUGUGGCCAGGCUGGCCAUUUGGCCAGAUUCUGUCCUUUUCCUCAUAGGCGGUUGAAUGGAGUGCAGUCGUCAACUAGUAAUGCUAUCGUUCCAGUGCAGGCUCCUUUGUUGACUUUGCCUGGCAGCAACGGUUUUGGAACUGCCGUCCAACCUUAUUCGAGACAUUCCUCUGGCGGGGGUGGCUGGCUGGGUAGCAGGGUCAGUACACUCGAAGAGAAGGUUGGGAAGAUCUCGGCCAAGCAUGAGGCCGAAGAGGCAAAGGAGCAAGCGGCUCGUGAAGAAGAAGAUAGGAGGAAGCGUGAGCGGGAGGAGGAGGAGCGUACGCAGCGUGAUAAGCGUGAACGGGAAGAAUUCCUGGCUCAGUUGAAUAGGGAAAUGAACAGCAAGCUCGACCGGGUAUGUGAAGUUGUUUCUACCAAAAAGGGUGGUGACAGUAACGAGGUGGCUAUGUUGAAAGCUCAGGUGGAGGCGUUGAAGAGAUCUUGGGACGAAUCUGGCGUUGCUGGUACUUUGACCAGAAACAGUGACAAUGAGGAGGUUUCGAGGCUCAAGGCUCAGGUCGCCGAGCUGAUGAAGCGAGUGCAAGGACCAUCGUCGUCGGUACCAACGAAACGUGCGGAUGAGGCUGAAGAGAUUGCAAGGUUACAUAGUGAGCAGGCAGAGAUGAAGUCUGCUGCUGAUCGAACGUUUGCGGCAUUAGAGGACUUUAUCACAUCACUAAAAGGGAGGUGUGAGGAGGUCGAGGCAAGCGCUGAGGUAUGGAAGUCUGAAGCUCUCAGACCAGGUAACAAGCGAGGGUGCGCUGCUAUCGAUCAGACUCCUAUUACGGAGGCCCAAUUUAGGCCUCGGACCACCCCGGUUGGUUCUCCCCAGACUGUGAGGCGGGCCAAUGCGGAGCUCAAGGGAAGGCGGAGGUUGACCUACUGAAGGAAAUGCGCUUGAAGGAAGUCAACGCGAGGAAGGAAUCUCAGCAGGAGAUCGAUAGACUUAAAGAGGUUAUGGCGCAGAGAGGCAGACUAAGGUAUCAGAUUCUAGGUUUAAAGCAAGGCUGGAUGAGGUAACAGGGCCUUUGGCCAGGAAGGACAAGAGUAAAGCAACAACAACCUC